AGCUCUUGCAGUACUUAGCUUUGUUCUCUAUGCAGCUCAGUCACAGCACUCCCCGCACAGUCAGAGGAAAACUGACAGCUAUGAUCAAGAAGAUGUGCCCCAAUGAGACCGAGCUCAACAUCCCAGCCAAGAACUGCUACCGCAUGGUCAUCCUUGGCUCCUCCAAGGUGGGCAAGACCUCCAUUGUCACCCGCUUCCUGAGCGGCCGCUUCGAGGAGCAAUACACCCCAACCAUAGAGGACUUCCACCGAAAGUUCUACAGCAUCAGGGGGGAGGUCUACCAGCUGGACAUACUGGACACUUCUGGCAACCACCCCUUCCCUGCCAUGAGGAGGCUCUCCAUCCUAACUGGUGAUGUCUUUAUCUUGGUCUUCAGUCUGGACAAUCGUGAUUCUUUCGAGGAGGUCCAGCGCCUGAAGCAGCAGAUCAUAGAGACCAAGUCUUGCUUGAAGAACAAGACCAAGGAAAACUUUGAAGUCCCCCUGGUGAUUUGUGGUAACAAGGGAGACAGAGACUUCUACCGAGAGGUCCAACCCAAAGAGAUCGAACAGUUGGUUGGAACGGACAGUAACUGCUCGUACUUUGAGGUCUCGGCCAAGAAGAACUCUCGGUUGGAUGAGAUGUUCCAAGCUUUGUUCACCAUGGCCAAGCUCCCCAGUGAGAUGAGUCCAGAUCUCCACCGUAAGGUCUCUGUCCAGUACUGCGAGAUCUUGCACAAAAAGACCCUCAAGGGAAAGAAGGUGAAGGAGGACGGAGACGCCUUUGGGGUUGUGGCCCCUUUUGCCCGCAGACCCAGCAUCCACAGCGACUUAAUGUACAUUAGGGAGAAAGCUAUCGGAGGUGGACAGAGCAAAGACAAAGAGAGAUGUGUCAUUAGCUAG